AUUUGAAAGCUAAACCUCUCAUUCUACACUGGACAUGACAGAAACAGCUAGUGUAUCAAGGGUAUGUCUAAUGUUCAUUAAGUAUUAAUUGAUAAUUUUCUGAAUAUCAGUGGAAGGAGAACAGUGUUAAAGCUUCAGAUCCAGUUUUGUUUGGAGAACUGCUAUUGAUAGGAGAGAGUGGUUUCAAUUUGUUGACAUCUGGAUUAUGAGUUUGACAUGAAACAUUAAUUCAGCGCCUCCUUCCACAGUUGUUGCCUAACUUGAGUGUUUCCAGCACUUUGUAUUUCAGAAAUUAUAUUAGCUGUGCUACGUUGCCAUUAAAGCUACACAGUACUGAAGUCUCAUGGAGGGGUAACAUUUAGUUAGUAUUUCAUUGAACAGGAUUUAUAGACACAUUUUCCUAUUUUACAUCUAUAACUGCUUCCUGGUAAGAAUAAUAUUUUGCAUCUGUGGGAAAAUUUCUGUAAUGAAGAAUAGACUGUCUGACAUCCCUUAUUUUAGAGGUACAAAACAUUAACAGCAAUAUCUAGCGUUGAUAUUAGUGACCUUAAAAGCAAAACGUUACCGUUUUAGUUAUGCCCCAAAUGAUACAAUGGAAAUAAUUAUACUCGCACAUAAAUAAUGGUAAAUUGAACGAGGCACUCUAACAUGUUAUUUUUAACCACGAUCAGGACAAUGGCAGGGUGCGACCGAGGGCCAGGAGCACUUCCUCUUACGCAACACACAACAUGCUGGAGGAUCUCAGCAGGUUAGGCAGCAUCAAUGGAAAGGAGUAAACAGUCCACGUCACGAACACAAGAAAAUCUGCUAACGCCGGCGAUCCAAAGCACCACACACACACAAUGCUGGGGGAACUCAGCAGGUCAGGCAGCAUCCAUGGAAAAGAGUACAGUCGACGUUUCGGGCCGAAGGGAAACGUCAACUACAGUAUUUACUCUUUUCCAUAGAUGCUGCCUGGCCUGAUGAGUUGCCCUAGCAUUUUGUGUUUGUUGCAAAUAGUCGACAUCCUUAGCACUUCCUCCUAAGGAUAUUUAUAAAACUUUUAUUUAAUGCUAUUAGAGAGGUUUUCUGCACGUUGGCAACAUCCGGUGGGCACUGCAAUACCUUUAAAAAAAACUUUUUCCUUGAGUUUUAUUUUGCAUAAUUUUGGUUUAACAUCAUUGUUGAUGGAACGAACCUAUCUGGAAAACAGCUCAUUUGGGAAAUAAUAGCUGUCUUAAAUUCUCUACUUUUAGAAAAAAAGCAGCGCAGGCUUUUAAAGAACGUAUCGGAAAUUCAAUACACGGGAGCUGAAUCGACGUACUUUGUACCGACAGUCGUAAAGCUGGCAAGGUGGUUUCGGCCCGAAACGUCGUCACUACCUCCUCCCAUAGAUGCUGUCUGGCCUGCUGAGUUCUGCCAGCAUUUUGUGUUUUUAUUUGAAAGUAACUCAACUCGUUUAGAUCUUCCUCUUCGUAUAUCAAAACCAAUCUUUGGGGCGUGUACCAUCAGAAACUAUCUUGCACUGUACUUGGCAUAGCUGCACUGGGUGGCUGCAUACACCGCCCCUCUGGGUGUCGCAGGUGCUCGGCUCGACCCGCCUUACGUAGCAGGUUGUCAAUUCAAUGCGCGUUUAUCGUUUCAUUCGAGAUUCGUCUUCUUCGCCGGCCAUUUCUCACAGAGAUCCCCUCAAGUUUCGCCUCGCCCAAGAACUUUCCUUCAAGGAUUGGACGGUUACCGAAAGGAGCUUCCCUUGCGUCGAGCCGGGCCGCGGCCCGCGAGUGAGGCCCGAACGGCCGGUGCUCCGCCGCCGCAGUGCGGGGCGAUGGUGGGCCGGCGCGGCGCGCGGUCCACGCCGCUCCUGUUCCUGCUGGUGGCGCUGGGCGCGUGCCUGGCCUUCCUCGCGCUCAGCUACUGGGUGUCGAGCUCGCGCGGCUCCGAGCUGGAGUCGCGGCUCGCCGCCCUGGACAGCGAGGUCCGGCACAGCGCCGCCGAACUCAGCGUCGCCCAGCUGCGGAAGCAGCAGCUUCAGGUGCAGCUGCAGACCCAGCUGGAGAGCCACCGGGAGGAGCUCGAGCAGCUGGGGCAGCAACGCCAGGAGCUGCUCCAGUCCGCGGCUAGAGACUGCACCGAGGAGAAGGAUGCUCUGAAUAGGAACAUUACAAGUAGCACAAUGAUUAUACAUACACUGCAAGAACAAUUUCAACAAUUGCAAAUGGGAUAUAGCCAAUUAAAUCAGAAGUUGCAGGAGCUCCAGAAAAAGUUAAACUAUGACAUUACUCAGUGCAGUAAUCAAAUAAAAGAUCAAAAAGAGAUGUAUGAAGAACAGAUUAAGGCGCUAUACAAGAAACUUGUUGAUGCCACAAAGUCCCAGGUUGGAAAAAGAAACUCUGAAGCAACUGAUCAAAAUAAAUUGCAGAACGAGCCCAAGCCAACAGAAAAUCAAAGGGUCGCUAAACCAUCAAAUGCAUCCCGGUCUUCAAAAGAAAAUAAUGAUCACACAAACCAUUUGGAAAGUAACACAAAUGAACUUGCUGUCUCUGCCAACAAUGUACAGGAACAUGAAAGUGACAAGUUGCCCAAUACAAGUGUCGUUAAAAAAAUAACUGGAACUAUUGCUGACAAUGAAAUAAAAAGCAACGUGAAUCCAGGUGUUGAAAAUGAUCAACAUCACUUGAACUCAACAAGGGAGGGAAAUACUGAUAAGAUUAAUGAUGCCAGUAAUGUGGAAGAAAAUGAAAAAAACAGCAAUUCAACAAUUAUGAAUGACACAGAAGUUUACAUGAAUCCUGUGUAUUUCUAAACAUUUAGCUUGACUUAAAGCAGCUAUGGAAAGAAUUCUUGAACAAUGAAAACCAGACCAUGAAACAAAUGCUGUGAAGGAGACCACUUGAAAGUAGUAGUUUGAAUAGAUUUACUUGUUGAUAUUGCACUUUUUUGGUUGAAUGAACAAUGUGCUGAUGCCUACAAUGAGAUGUAAUCAGAAUUCUGUGGAUCUCCAUCAAGGUAGGCUGAAUUUGUAUCAAGGACCAUUUCUACGUGGUCUGUAGUUUAGAAAACAAAAGGACAGGUGACUUACAAAUUGUACAAAAUUAAAUAAUAAACUAUUAAGUAACUGUGUUUAAUUCAUACAGAAAAUGUUGAUGAGUGCAUAAUUAAAACAUUUUGAAAAUGGAUACUCUAGAUAAUUGUUUUAAAAUGUGAUUAUUUCACUGUAAUGAUUCUUAGCCAGGCAUUAUUACAUGCCAUGCUCAUAAGUGGCAGCCUCAUUGCAGAAUGCAAUGAUUUUUGCAGUUUUUUACAAUUCUAAUAUAUAGACAUUUUUAUGAAUUUUUUAAAGACAUUUUUGUUUUAAAACUGGUUCUGAAAGACAAGAUGUCUAACUUUCUUUCUGCAGAUUAACAGUCUUCAUUGGGUUUUUAAGAGAAGUAAUUUUAUUGAAUAAUUGUUUGUACUCACUAAAUCAAUUUAAUUAUCUUUUGAGCAGUAAUUCUAAAUAUGGUUUGGUUUCUCAUUUAAUGUAAAGUAAGUUAAUACAAUUUAUACUGUGUCUGAACGGCUGGGACUGGAUUUUGUUUUGAUGUUGGUUAUGAUUUAUGAUGUACUUAAUUUUUAAUAUAGAAAUGAGAAUGUCAUAGUUGGACAUAUUCCAUAUCUGUCUGCUGGGGAAAAAAAUGCAAUUUACCAGCUUGGGUGUAUGUAUUCUACUGAGCAAGAGCUAACAUCCUUUAAUGUUCUCUGUCUAACCAAAAUACUUACUUCAAAAUAAUAAAAAACAAUUGUUUCA